GCCGCCUCUGCUGCCGCCUGGGCCGGGCCGGGGUCGCGAAGGGAGUUUGGAGGGACUGUUUGGACUCGGCGCGCGGGGCUGGGGCUUCCUCCCCGCCCCUGAGCCCCGUAGCGCGACCGGUCCCGUUUCUCCCCCUUCCAAUGGAGACUCCCGCUCCCCCGGGCCCCUCAGCUGGCCCCUUCCCCCCACUGUUUCCCCCGGGACUCCACGGCAUCUACGGCGAGUGCCGGCGGCUGUACCCGGAGCAACCCAACCCUUUGCAGGUCACCGCCAUCCUCAAAUACUGGUUAGGUGGCCCUGAUCCUUUGGACUACGUCAGUAUGUACAGGAACUUGGGGAGUCCAGCCCUAAAUGUUCCUGAGCACUGGCACUAUGUGAGCUUUGGAUUAAGUGAUUUGUAUGGUGACAACAGAGUACAUGAGUUUACUGGACCUGAUGGGCCAAGUGGUUUUGGAUUUGAACUGACAUUUCGACUUAAGCGUGAAACAGGGGAAUCUGCACCCCCUACGUGGCCAGCAGAGUUAAUGCAAGGCUUAGCCAGAUAUGUCUUCCAAUCAGAAAAUACGUUCUGUAGUGGAGACCAUGUAUCGUGGCACAGUCCAUUGGACAACAGUGAAUCUAGGAUCCAGCAUAUGCUGCUGACUGAAGAUCCACAAAUGCAGCCAGUUCAGACACCUUUUGGGGUUGUUACUUUUCUCCAGAUUGUUGGGGUCUGCACAGAAGAGCUUCAUGCGGCACAGCAAUGGAAUGGACAGGGUAUAUUGGAGCUGCUUCGGACUGUUCCAGUAGCAGGAGGCCCAUGGUUAAUAACAGACAUGCGACGUGGAGAGACCAUAUUUGAAAUUGAUCCACACUUGCAACAGGACAGAGUUGAUAAAGGGAUUGAGACAGAUGGCUCAAAUUUGAGUGGUGUCAGUGCUAAAUGUGCCUGGGAUGACCUUAGUCGGCCACCAGAGGAUGAUGAAGAUAGUAGAAGUAUCUGUAUUGGCACGCAUCCCCGACGACUGUCUGGGAAAGAUACAGAACAAAUCCGAGAAACUCUUCGAAGGGGUCUUGAAAUUAACAGCAAGCCAGUUCUUCCACCCAUUAACUCUCAGAGACAGAAUGGAUUGAACAGUGACAGAGCACCGAGUCGCAAGGACAGUUUAGAAAGUGAGAGCUCUGCAACAAUUAUUCCUCAUGAGCUGAUUCGCACAAGGCAGCUUGAGAGUGUACAUCUGAAAUUCAACCAGGAAUCAGGGGCAUUAAUUCCGCUAUGUUUAAGGGGCAGACUGUUGCAUGGACGGCACUUUACAUACAAAAGUAUUACAGGGGAUACAGCAAUUACUUUUGUAUCAACGGGAGUUGAAGGAGCUUUUGCUACAGAGGAGCAUCCCUAUGCAGCACAUGGACCAUGGCUACAAAUCCUGCUGACUGAAGAGUUUGUGGAAAGAAUGCUAGAAGACCUAGAAGAUCUGAAUUCUCCAGAGGAAUUCAAACUUCCAAAGGAGUAUAGUUGGCCUGAAAAGAAACUGAAAGUCUCCAUCUUGCCUGAUGCUGUAUUUGACAACCCUCUCCAUUAAGAGUGAUUGACACUGCAAGCAAGGAUUACUGUAUGCUGCCCAGUGACUCAUGGGAUAAUUAAAGCAGUAAAAGCUCUUCCUACCAAUAAGAGGAUGUUGCUGCAUAACCACUGCAUAAAGAGGAGGAAUUACUCAACAGCAGAGUCCAGACAGAAUUGAACUGUGCUGGUACAUGGCUUUCUUCUUUCAUCAUGGCUGAACUCUGAACACACUGCAUAUAAAUGAAUAUAUAAGAGGAAGAGAAGUAUUUAACUAUGAAUACUAGUGAUAAGAAUUCUUUCCCUCUUUUAGCUGACUCCUGAACUCCCUGCUGCCUUAGCUCAGGAUUUAUAUGCCUCGUCUACCUUUAGCUACACAUUUUCCAGGUGUAAACAUACAGUCCACUGAUUUACAUGUUUUUUGCAACUCAAAAUCCGUUUGUAUCUAGGUAUCUCCUGAACAGAAUUCUUUAUUCACUGAGAAUUCUUACUACUCCACAAAGGAUAUGGCAUUUCCCCUCAUGAAUUUAAACUGAAGAAAUACUGCGAUGAAACCUGGUAUGCUUUAAAAUGAGGGAAACAGUCUCUGCCGUUGUUGCAGGCAUAAUCUGUCACAUUCCUGCAGACAAAGCCAUUUGCUUUCUGUGCUAAUGCACAAAUAUGUGUGAAUUCUGAAAAAAGUGUUAUCCUCUACAUUCGACUAAAUUGGAGGUCAUGGAAUGAUGUUCUGCAUUUUUAAAUGCCAAGUUGUCAUAGAACAUUUAUCUUGAUGGACUUGACCGUCUUCCUCUUUCUCUUCUUGUUCCACUUUUCUUGAUAUUGGUUCAUCUGCUGUGAUGUCAUAGAAGAUUUGCCUACAUUGACUCAAAUAGCUGAGUUCUUAAGGGGUAUUUUAGAGUCUGAGCUGAGGCCUGUAGGCAUCUUACUUGAAAGUGGCACAUGACUGUUGACUUUGCCUGGAGAAGAUAACUCAUAGUGCAGUUAAUGGGGGAAAAUGCCAUCCAGUCCAAAACUGUAUAUUUACUGAGAAGCGCGUUCAACUGCAUUCAGUGUACAUGUAUAAGGGAUUCAUAAUGUUAAACCCAUAUCUCCAUUGGCCAUGGCCAAUGGAACCCCCCCCCCCAAAAUUCUAUUUAACCAAUAAGGUUCUCUCCACCCAUCUCUGAACCAUGGGAGAAAGCCAGAAGGCUUCCAUAUGUAGGUGGCUUGUUGAGCUCAUGUGCUCUCUUGGUGCAGGCAUUUCUUCCAGUACUGCAUCCUCCCUAAAAUGUUUGAUGAAGUUCUACCACAGUCUCAUUGCAGAGAAAUAAGAAAUCAUCUGUGAUUGAAGAGUUAUCUUAGACCUAUUUCUUUUCCUUAUAUCAUCAGCUUUGACAAUGUACGGCUUUCCAUGGAGCAUGUAUUUAUACAGAAGUUGUCGUGUUUCAUUUUACAUCUACAUAGUUCAGGAAAGACAUUUUUGAAUGGUUCAGACUAUUCCAGAAUGAAUUCGCAUGCAAACACAUAUCUUAAUUUUCAUUUACUUCCUAGCUUUGGGAAGACAGGUCAGUAUUUCUGAAAUACACUUUUGCAAACCUUGCCAUUGUGCCUAUAGACAGUUGGACUAAACUUCCUAGAGAAGAAAGAACCACUUCUUGAAUUCCCUAUCCUAACCCUGCAAAAAAAAAAAGGACAGGAAUCAUCCUAAAUUUAACUUCUGAAUAAGGGAUUCAGUUUGGGAAAGGAAAUAGAGUGACUCUUUUCUUUUCUUUAAAGAAAGAAAGCAUCAUGGAAAUUGACUGUCAUUCCAAAGAGCUUGUUCUCUUGGCAAACUGAUCUGGUUUUCUGUAGAAAUUUUGUCCUGAGAGGGGAGCAGUGCAGAAAAAAAUCUGUGCUGGCUCUACUGGUUGAAAGCUAUGACUCAAAAUGGCAGCUUUGCUUAGUCCACUUUAAAACUGAGGACAUGUUCCAAACCCAAAUGUUUUGUUGUCCUACUCUGAAGCGAAUAGUCUGGAAGAAGAGUUGUAUUGGCCAAAAGAGAAGCAUGUAAAAGAACUCAGAGAAAACCUCCCUAUAGAGAAUUGACAUUCAUUUCCCUUAGAACCAAAUGGUUGAUAGAUGAUAUUUUUGUAACACAGAAGGGCUAAUAUAUGACCUAUAGGCAUUACGUAGCUUCAGAGGGAUAGUUACAUUGCCCCAGGUUCCUUCGGGGAAUCCUAGGAUACUCACUUUUUAUGGCAAGAUACAUUCGUAUGUUUGAUAGUACAUGGAAAGAAAGGCUGGAAGUCUUGAGAUUACAGUGUAAUGUUUUGGAAGCUUAAGAAGUUGUCAUGAUGUAGUGAGUCCAAUCCAAAAUCUGUGUUGAUGCAAGCAGAACAUUCAGACAUGUGAAUCCCAUGUUUUGGAGUUAUUUCCAAAAACCAAGCAGUUGAAGCUUGGGAGUCUGCACAACUGUUUUGGGGACAAUUUGUCUUGGAAAUCUUCUGUUCCAUGGUGGUAUAAUUACCCCUGUGAUACCUUGAACAGCUACAUGCUCCCAUUCAUCCCUCUGCAUGGUUGACUGACCUUUCCAUCACUUCUUGCUGUUGAUUGAGUAAAGACCUGAUAGGUUCCCUGUCUGAGGAAUGAAGUACAUGAAUUUUGAGGUGAAACUUGUUUUUCUUCCAAAGGAAAAUACAUGGAAUACUAUGAAAUACUAAACAAGACUACAGAAUUCUUAUGUAUUUCUUGAGAAGGGCCCUGUCAAUUGCAGCUCAUAAAGUUUGGUACAAAAGCUGUGUGGAUGUUAUGUACUGCCAUAACAUGUUUAAUGUUUAUUCAUGCAUGAAUAUUCCUUUGUGGAGGAAAAUAACUCACCUUACAAUAUCUUUAUUUAAACUAUAAAAAUGAGUGUUUUGUAUGACUUGCAGAAAGAACACUCAGAUUUCGUAUCUGCUAGAAAUUACCCACAAAUUAUGUCUUAGCAAAUCAAAGGUAAAGUGCCCUGAUGUAUGUUUAAUCAGUAACAAUUUAUGGCAGUUUUUGCUGGGAGCUCUUCUUGUUAGCUCCCCAGAAGACUUAAUGGAAUGGGCUGGGUCUCUCCAAAUGACUGUCAAUCAGUAGCUUUUUAUGGUCAGACACUGGAUAGUUGUGCUGGCCAUUUAUUCCAAGAGUUGGGAAGAAGAGUUUGCUUUGCACUCUUACUCCCUGCCUACCCAUCACUGAAGUGGUUUACAGGAAAUUGGAACUCUGGCUGCUCUUCAGUUGGUUUGCACCUGCUGCUUAAUCCCUUCAGCACCUGGAGCUGUAAACACCCUUCCUACGUUGCUGCAACAAUUAUUAACUUUCAGUGCAGCUGUUGCACCAGUCAUGUGCCAGGACAGUAAAAACUAGCCACUAAACUAAAUGGUAACAAAAGGGCCAUUCUGGAGUGUUUACUGUGUAAGGCAGACAGUGAGAAAGUAUAAUAGAAAGGAGCAGUAUAAUUCAAAGUAUAAUACGAAGGAGCAGUAAAAGUUUGUGUUAUUGGUCAGGUGGAGUGCAAAAUAUAAGUAGAGGAACAGAGACAAUCUUGCAGCUGGUGUCUGGCCCAAAGUGUUGUUGUGUUCAGUAGCUGGACUCCAGCAAACAAGAUUUUUACUAUACAGACAGAACUCCAGGUAUGCUCCUCUGUAUCCCACUGGCACUGGAACUCGGGGAGAAUCUACAUGUACAUAAAAGCGGAGCCCUUCUCACAUACUGUCUUCUCCUGAGGACCGAACUUGGGACAAACAAGCUCCACCAGAUUGAAGCAGAAAGGGGUAUUCAGAGCACUGAUUGGCUGGACGCCCAUGAUAGCACAAAGCUCUCUUCUCUCCCAGAGCAGUUUCCACAAGCAAGCGUUUGAGGGCUUUUAAAAAAAAUCAAGUACCAUACAAUUGUUUAAGAGUAUAAUUGUACAAAUAGCAUUUUAAACAAGAAAGGGUAGAUCACAUGAUAGAAAGAUAGUGGGAGGGGCCAAUGGGCAAGGUCUGUGUAUUCACAGUGCAGGCAGGUGCAUGUGUCAUUUGAAGAGCAAAGAACACAGGCAAACUGCUGAGUCCUGUUGCUAUUUGUGGAUCUCUGCACCUUCAGAUUACAUCCAUAUUUUGUUCUGACAUGUAACUUUGAACGUAGUCAAGUCGAUACUUCUGUGUGUAUGCCACAAACCUCUGUGGCAUGUUUUGUGCUAUACUCCCAAUUCCAUCCACCCCUCUCACACACUUUGUUUUGCAGACCUGGAAUUGGAAAGCCUGUGUCUUGCACAGGCUUCACAUCUGCAGUGAUGCCACCUCUCCUCUCUUUGUCCAGCAAAAAAGGGAAAGCAGUAAACUGCUUUUUAAAAAGCUCCUUUAUACGUGAUCCAUAAGCAUAAAAGCACAGGAAGUAAGGGUCAGGGGCAAAUAUAGUUGCUGAAAUGUGUUUAAUGCCUUGUGGGGGAAAAACAUGUUACUGUUUAACUUUGCUCUCCCCCCUCCCCAUUUACCACCACUGUAAUUUAUAGGAAAAGUGAUAACAGCUUUUUAAUAUUGCUGGCAAUCAUGUCUUACUGCAGUGUUUCCUUCCCCACCUUUACUUGGUCGGUCUCUUUCAAAUCCUCCUUUGGUGAGUGUCCAAAACAUCAAAAAGAAAAUAAGCCUGUAGCAGACUCGAGUUUUAAAAGGAUCUCUCGGCUGACCUGUCUCUCAAGUAAUUAACUUAAGGGCAUUAUGCACUUGGUUGCUGCUUCAUUUCAGAUAGGAUUCUUUUUCUUCUUCAACUGCUUACAGACCAUAAAAUCAUUAAAAGUGGUACGUUAGUUUUGUAGUGUUGUUCCAGGGCUGUCAUAAAGGUGUGUCUUACCUAUUGUCAGCCAGCUGGCUAAUGCAGUGGGAGGUGUAUUUUGAAAAACCGUCUUGACCUCUCUGCUUCAUGAUUCACUGCUGAAAUUAGAAAUCUCUGAUAGCAAAAUAACAUAAUUAUGAACAACUGUGUGUGUGGGGGGGGGGGUAAAUGCUUGAAGGGUUCCACCAAAUGCCUUUUAGUUUCAGAAAAUUGGUUUUUUUAAAAGCUCAAAUAUAGGAAUAUGUUUGCCAGCUGAUCUGAUUGUGUGAACAUUCUUCUCUUCCCCAUUCAGUCCCUCAGUGGAACAGGCGUCCUUGGGAGGUGGUGGGCUCUCCUUCUUUGGAGGUUUUUAAGCAGAGGCUGGAUGGCCAUCUGGCAGAAAUGCCAACUCUGUGAGCCUAGGCAGAUCAUGAGAGGGAGGGCAGGAAGAGUUGCAUCAGUGCUUAGUUCUUGUGGCCCCUUCUUACAUGCCCAGGGUAAGGCUGAUCACCACCUAGGGGUCAGGUGGCAAUUUUCCCCAGGCCAGUUUGGCUAGGGAUCCUAACAGUGUUUAGCCAUCUUCUGGGCAUGGAGCAGGGAUCACUGGGUGUGGGGGAGGUAGUUGUGAAUUUCCUGCAUUUUGCAGGGGGGUUGGACUAGAUGAUCUUAGAGGAAACUUUCAGCCCUAUGAUUCUGUGAUUCUAUGAUUCACUAUUGUUGCCCUUGCUGUUUUCCUAGUGAAGGUGGAAAUCAACAAGGCUACCACAGUGUUCCCUGGGGCAGGAAUGGCAAAGGUCUGUAUUCAUCUUUGCUACUCUGCAUAAUGUAGGGAGGAAGAGUUGCUAGUAUAUGUUAUGUGCAGUAAGUGAGGAUGACCGAUGCCUGUCCUAAUUAAUAUUCAAAGGACAUACAGGAGCGUGCCAUAUAGUGGCAGCUGGCUCACAUUUAAGCAGCAUAUGCUUUAAAAGAUUUACCUUCACCACUGAAUGAAAUCUCACUAUAUAUGAAGACUUCACUGUCUUAGGGAAAACAAAACCUUUUAAAGUGAUGAAACCAGUGAGCUAAUUCAAAAUACCCUGUGCUCUUGCUGAUGAACUACACUGUCUGAGGUCUGCCUUUUUUUUUUACAAUUUCAAAAGCACGAGACUGCCAUUGUGAAAAAGCACCCCAAGAUCAUGAGCCUCAUGGCGCAGUCCCUAUCACUUUCCUCUGCUGAAAACGGGGAGAGCUGGAUCGAACAGCACUGGUGAUCAGUUUUAGCAAAUCUGAACUUCACUGCUGCUAGAAAAUGGUCAACGAGAAUUUUAAAGGGAAUAAACUGAUGAAGUGUCACACUCCAAAUGGAAGAAUUGUCUUCCAUUUUAUAGCCAUAGGAACCAGUUCUCUGUUAAAGCAGGGUGGGGGUUCCUCCCCCCCUCCUGGAUAGAGCUCUUGUUUGUUGCUACAGUUUUAUAGGUUGGAUGGCUGUAGUGCUAGAGAACUUUGAACAAAAUGGGUUGUUCUGUUAAGGGGGCCACAGCCAUUAAAACCUCAACUUUUAAUUCUGACUGCUGAGGCUACUUUGAUAAGCUUCAGCUGAGGUGAACCUUUGUAUAGUUCAUCUAUAGGUAUGUGUGUGUUGUCCAUUUACAAGGACUCUGCAGAAAGUAGUCUGGAAAAGGCUUGCUGUGCCUGCAGUGAGAUUUUCAGUACUUUGUUAGUACGCCUUUUUUUCUACCAAAAACAAUGGAAACCCAAAUUAGCAGACGUUUUAAAAAUAUUUUGUAUUAGUUUCUAAUGUAUAUUCUUACAUUAUCGCAGUGCUGGUAUGUUUACCUGCACAAAGCUACUUUUUGUAAUAUUUUUGUGAAUCACUAAGCUUUCUCCUCCUCCUAUGUAUUCAAGGUGCAUUAAAAUUGUUUGCAUAAUUGUCUUGUAUGCAUUUAUUGAGUGAUCGCAGAAGUGAUAAAAGUG